AUUCUGCCCUGGACAGCGGCAGGUUGUUGCGCAAGCGCAGCCCAUUCAGCCUGCAUGAAUACGGACUGCAGCACUGGGAGCACUGGGAGCACUGGGACUGGGAGGACACAGUGGACUGGACGGACCGGACCGGACCCGGGCAGGCGGACAUGGAGGGACAGAACGGCAGCCGGGCGCACGGCCCCGUGACGGACGGCCAGAAGAGGAGGAAGAAGCAGGAGGACAAGGAGGAGAUCCCCGACAGGGUGACUCUGAAGAAGGAGAUCGGGCUGCUGAGCGCGUGCGCCAUCAUCAUAGGGAACAUCAUCGGCUCCGGGAUCUUCAUCUCUCCAAAGGGGGUCCUGGAGCACUCAGGCUCGGUGGGCCUGGCGCUGGUGGUCUGGGUCCUGGGGGGCUGCAUUGCGGCCUUGGGCUCACUGUGCUACGCCGAGCUGGGCGUCACCAUCCCCAAGUCGGGGGGGGACUACUCCUACGUCACCGAGAUAUUCGGCGGUCUGAUGGGGUUUCUGCUGCUGUGGAGCGCCGUCCUCAUCAUGUACCCGACCACGCUGGCCGUCAUCGCGCUCACCUUCUCCAGCUACGUCCUGCAGCCCGUCUUCCCCGACUGCGUCCCCCCCUACAUGGCCACGCGGAUGCUGUCGGCCACCUGCCUCCUGCUGCUGACCUGGGUGAACUGCUCCAGCGUCCGGAUGGCCACCAGGAUCCAGGACGUCUUCACGGUGGGGAAGCUGAUGGCCCUGGGCCUCAUCAUCAUGGUUGGCCUGGUCCAGAUCUGCAACGGGAACUACGAGGCGCUGACCCCCCAGGUGGCCUUCGCCAUGGAGAGGACGCCAUCGGUGGGUCAGAUCGCUCUGGCCUUCCUGCAGGCGUCCUUCGCCUUCAGCGGCUGGAACUUCCUCAACUACGUCACGGAGGAGGUGGUUGAACCCAGAAGGAACCUACCUCGGGCCAUCUACAUCUCCAUUCCAUUGGUGACCUUUGUGUACACGCUCACCAACAUCGCCUACUUCUCCUCCAUGUCGCCCGAGGAGCUGCUGUCCUCCAACGCCGUGGCUGUAACCUUCGGGGAGAAGCUGCUGGGGAUGUUCUCCGUCGUCAUGCCCAUCUCCGUGGCUCUGUCCACCUUCGGGGGGAUCAACGGCUACUUGUUCACUUCCUCCAGGUUGUGUUUCUCUGGAGCCAGGGAGGGUCACCUGCCCAGCCUGCUGGCCAUGAUCCACUAUAAAAACUGCACCCCUAUCCCCGCCCUGCUGGUCUGCUGCGCCGCCACCAUCGUCAUCCUCUGCAUCGGAGAGACACACAACCUGAUCAACUACGUCUCUUUCAUCAACUACCUGUCGUACGGCGUCACCAUCGCCGGCCUGCUGUACUACCGCUGGAAGAAGCCCAACCUGUUCCGACCGAUCAAGGUGAACCUGCUGGUUCCUGUGUGCUACCUGAUGUUCUGGGCGCUGCUGCUGGGUUUCAGUCUUUACUCUGAGCCCGUGGUAUGUGGCGUCGGUUUGGUCAUCAUGCUCACCGGCGUACCCGUCUACUUCCUGGGCGUCCAUUGGAAAGAAAAACCAAAGUGCAUCUACAAGUUCAUUGAGAGGAUGACCUUCGUGGGCCAGAGGUUGUGUUUCGUGGUCUUUCCUCAGAUCGACCCCAUCGUGAUCGACGAUCCUUCAGAACGGACCGACACUUAGUCCGUCAAGUCUUAAGAAAACUUUUCCUCUCAAUAUGUGAAGAUCAUUUAUUGUUUUGUUCCGUCACAUGUAACACUGUAACGGACACUUCUUCCCGGAUUUGGGACCUUCCUGUCUGACCUUUGACCCUCUGACACCCUCUGUGGAAACGUCUCUUCAUGUUCUUCUCCUUCAACUACUCCGACCUAAAAUGACUUUAAUUCCCUUUUUGGAGUCCACAGAACUGUGAUGGCUCCUCUGAAUGUUUGCUCCUCGUCCCCCCCACCUGUCCAAAAGAAUUAAGACUGGAGUGAAUGCUUGUAGUGCCACUAAUAUUCACCCAUCGUGCACCCUGCUGGAAGCAGAGGUUGGGAUUAGAGCUGGAAGGAGGACCAGAGAGGAAGCUGCUUUUAACCUUCUGUGUACUUCCUGCUGGGCGUAGACGACACACUGGCUCCGUCUCCCUGUGGAAUCGCCUCCAUGGAUUUGAGGCCAGACGUCCUCCGGAGACACACGUUGUGAUGGAGAUGGGGGACAACUUCUCAGAAAGAGCCAUGGAUUUGGAUGCCACUCAAACAUCCAUCUAGAUGACACUGGACUUGGCUUUUACUCCUGAGAAUCACAGGUCAAAGGUCACAGGUCGUUAUCGUGCCACAAGAUGAUCUCUGGAUCCUGCAGACUGAGGGCUGGUUUUAUAGUAAGAAGCAUCAAAGUAUACUUAAAGUACUCAUUAUGUAGACUGGCCCAUUUCACAAUAAAAUGCCUCCUAUCAUCACAUUAUAUUUCUUGAUACAUUAAUGUCACUUUUGUUCGUUAUAUUUAGGUUAUUUGUUUCUUAUUUUUUGUGUUUUUAAUCUAAAUCUGCAAAGUAACCAGAAGCCUUGUGUGUUGAAAUGUUGAUUGUGAUUUUUUUGAAUGUUGAUUUUUUUAUAUAUAUA